GCCAUUUAUUGAUAGUCAAGACAGGGAGCUGUGUACUACUAGACUCUUAAAAACGGCAUGAUUUUCUAAUGAGUCUCCUCCGUUCAUCGGAUUGACUCGUCUGUGCAAUUAAGCACCGCCUCUUUGAGCUUCGAGUUCGCUGUCUUCCUCACUCCCAUCCGAUUGAUCGAUGCGGCGUUCUCGUUUCGUUGUCCAAGUUUUCUCCGACGCCGCACUCUCUGACGCCUCCACUACUUGUGCUCCCAUCGUCUUCAUGUGUAGUCGCCCUCUGUACGGAGGUGGCCGAGGGCGGGGGAGAGGCCGAGGCGUCAAAAGUUUCUCCGAUCGCCCGUACGACGACGCGAGAAGAGAUCAGCUCGUCACUGGAGACUCGCAUUUCCAGUCAGUUCAUGACGCCAAUCUCGGGUUCCGGCAUGGAAACAGAGGCUCUUCACCGAAUUUCGAUCCUCGUCGUUACAACCAUGGGCAGCAGCAACCGCCGUUCAAUCAGAACUACGAAUUUCGGCCUCCGCCUCCUCGAGGCCAAUGGCAACAGUUCCAUCAACCUAACCAUUCGCCGUCCAGUGAAAGCUACUCGGCUUGCCCUCCCCCUCCGUUCUAUCAAAACCAGAUGUCUCGGCCGCCUCCGCAGCGGAGCUUCCGUCAACGGCCACGGUCAAAGCCCUCGGAUUACCGAGAGUGGGAAUAUGCUAAAACGGCGCCGCCUCAUGGGUCCGAAAAGUUUGUUGUUCUAUCGUAUAACAUCUUGGCGGAUUACCUUGCAAAUGAUCACUGGAGAAGUCUUUACUUUCACAUUCCGAGGAAUAUGUUGAGUUGGGGAUGGAGAAAGAGCAAAUUAGUGUUCGAACUUGGCCUAUGGUCUGCAGAUAUAAUGUGCCUCCAGGUUAUAGUUCCUGCGAUUGUUUAUGAAGUCGAUAGAUUUCAGGACUUAGAGGAAGAGAUGAAGCUCCGGGGAUAUAGUGGAAUUUGGAAGAUGCGGACGGGUAAUGCUGUUGAUGGCUGUGCAGUAUUUUGGCGAUCAAAUAGAUUCAAGUUGGUUCACGAGGAAAGCAUCCAGUUCAAUCAACUUGGUCUCCGGGAUAAUGUUGCUCAGAUAUGUGUGCUUGAGACACUGUUGAAUUCACAAACAAAAGAGAAUGAGGCAUCUCCAUCUGAAAGCUGUUCCCGCCGAGUUGUCAUUUGUAAUAUUCACGUGCUUUUUAAUCCUAAAAGAGGAGACUUCAAACUUGGUCAGGUCAGAACAUUCUUAGAGAGAGCUCAUGCUGUUUCGAAACUCUGGGAUGAUGCGCCUGUUGUUCUAUGUGGGGAUUUCAAUUGUACACCUAAGAGUCAUUUGUACAACUUUAUUUCGGAGCGGAAGCUGGAUUUAUCUGGUUUGUCCCGAGACAAAGUUUCGGGGCAAGUUUCUGCUAAAUAUAGUCCACCAAGGCCAGAAAUGUACACAACAAGGCCUAUUCAAUUUUCUAGCUUUCAGCCCGCCAAUAAAUCUCCACAAGGCCAAGUUCAACCACGAGAUUCGAUUGCAAAUGCUCGUAUGGAAAAUAACUCCAACAUAGAUGUUACAAUUCUUGCUGGUCACGAAGCCACCUCCAGCUCUGAAGAAGUAUUACCUGACGAGAAUGUGGCCUCAGGUUGUAAUCUAGGAAGAGAAAAUAGAAAACCUGAUGACUCCGGGGAUCUCUCGAUAGCUGAAGUUCUUUAUUCAGUAACCAUAUCAGAUCCAGAACCUCCACAUGCUUCCAAUGCUAAAGAAUAUUCGAGAGAAAAACUUUCAGCAAGUUCUGUUUUAUCAGCGACAGAGAAUUCUCCUGAGGAAAUUGUGUCCAAUUCUCAUAAUAUUUCGUCUAGUAUCUCCGCCAAGGUUGACACUUUGGCCGAGAUGAAACUAGAUGACUCAACAUCGGACGAAGCAGUUGCAUUCGCGCAAGAGGAAGAGGGUAUAGGUGAAGAUGGGGAAACCUUUUCGGCUAAGCUACACAAUAAUAACUUAAGUCAAAAAGAGGAACUUGUGACAGAGGAAGAGGGUAUAGGUGAAGAUGAGAAAAUCACUUAUAAUCCGUCCUCUUGGACUCCAAUGGAGAUAGCAACUGCAACAGGCGACCCAGAAAGAACGACAGUUGAACACGCCAUGGAACUUAAAAGCACUUACUCGGAAAUUGAGGGUAAAGCGAACACAAGAGAUGAAAACGGAGAACCUGCAGUGACCAGUUAUCAUAGACGUUUCAUGGGGACAGUUGACUACAUAUGGCGGUCGGAAGGUUUACAAACGGUGCGUGUGCUUGCUCCAAUCCCGAAAGAAGCAAUGCAGUGGACACCAGGCUUCCCGACUCCAAAAUGGGGAAGCGAUCACAUUGCUCUGGUUUCAGAGUUGGCCUUUUGCAGCGGCAAGAGUUGUCCGCCCAAAAGCUAAAUAUUAAACAUGUGGAUACUUAAUAAGAAGCGUUAUGGAAGAUUAAAAUCAUAAUAAUCUUUUUUAUCGGUUUCUUUUUUCGUUUUAAAAACAAAACAAGCAGGUGAUGUAGGAAGAUUGGGUUGUUCUUGUUCCGACUUCCUUGUGCUUGUUUUGCUUUUCGAAAUUUAUUUACAAGUUGUUGACCAAAACAAGAGAGAGAGAUUAUUUUUUAAAGGUUUAAGUAUCUUCAGCUCUAGAAUGUGUUCUGCGUGCUGGAAAGAACAUGUGAUUCUUAUCUCAAUUAUGUGAUUCUCGAUUAAAUAAUAAAGAGAAGAGGAAUGGAUGAAAC